AUGGCGGAUUAUUUUUUUGUGGAUUCCUCGGGCCUUGUUUCUGUUGCUAGAUGGAAAUCAGUUGAGUCUCUUCCAGUGGACCAAGAUCUUAAAUAUGCUUUUGUUGAGGAAUUGAAGAAACACCCAUUUCUUUUCUUUGAGGCUGAAGAUGAACUUAUUUGGGUUCAUUCAAAAUCAGGGGAAUAUUCGGUUAAGAAUGGGUAUAAUUAUUUGUUUGUCGGGUGUAGGGGGGAAGAUUUGCCUUAUAGGUUGUUCUGGCAUGUUGGCUGUCUUCCAAAAGCAGGUGCUUUUGCUUGGUUGGCUGUCCAAGAUAGAAUUCUCAUCGGCAUGAGGUUGGAUAGGUUUGGUGUCACUAUUAUUUUUCCAUGUGUUAUGUGUGGAGGGUCUCCAGAAUCAGUUGAUCAUCUUUUUCUCCAUUGCCCUUUUGCUUCGCAAUGUUGGUAUUGGUUGUUCAACAAAUUAAACCAGUCUGUUGUUUUAUGUAAAGAUCUUCAGUCCCAAUUCAUGGGAUGGCCUUUGUUAUGUUCAUCUUCAUUUUAUGCUUGUCUUUGGAUAAUUGCUCCUUCUGUUCUGAUUUGGAAGAUUUGGUUGGAGAGGAAUAACAAUUUUUUUAAGAAACACUCUUCCACUCUACCAAAUGUGCUCUUCUGUAUUGAAAAAUCUAUCUCUGAGUCUGCUUUGGCUUUUAUUUACAAGGGAAUUAGUCCUAAAUGUACUUUUACAUCUUGGGACAAUUGGGUUAUCGGGCAUUGGCCAGCCUUGCAGCUGCUUCCUAUGCAUGGGGCCAUUUCUAAGAAAAGGUCUCCUUCAAUUAAUAGGAAAGAGAUAGUCUGGUUGCCUCCCCCUCCUUCCAAGUACAAAUUGAACUUUGGUGGAGCAUAUCGAGGCAAUCCAAGGAAGUCUACCAUUGGGGUGGUGGUUUUUGAUGAUAGGGCUAGAAUCAUUAAAGCACAAUGUCAGUGUAUUCCUGAUGGGACAAAUAAUGUGGCAGAGUUGCAUGCUCUAUCUGUUGGGCUUGAUUUGCUCCUUUGA